ACUCUAUUUGAUGCAUCCAAUCUGUAUAUAUAUUUUAGCCUUUUACCCACUAUAUACUGCUUCUACACUUAUUCCAUUUACCAUUGCCAGUCAUAGCCACGAUUCGCACCAUCGUCGUAACAGUAAUAAUAGAUAUAAGAUAGACAAGCGACAAUGUCUACGAUUCCGUGAAAAUGAUGUCUUGUUGGAUAUGUGUCCGGCAUUUGAACAAAGCGAUCUGGAUUCUUUCCAGGCACUUUUUCCCGAUGUUUCCAUCCUUUCCGGUUUAGGCCAUGACGCCGAUUUCAAUCUACUUUACCCUCCCAUGCUGCUGGACAGUAGUAGUCAUUCCCACCAAUACCAACAACAACAACGGCAACGACUUGACAGUAUCGGUAAUAACAACGACCCUACUGCAAUUCACGAGGGGGCAGCUGAACUGGCUACGUUAGAGCGUACACAUGAACAGCAGCGGGCCAAUAAUGAACCUUCUUCAUCACUCAUAAAAGACCAGCCACGUGGCGACGCCUCAUCCACUCCUGCAGUCAGUACGAAUCACGAAAAUCAGCAAAAAUAUACCACCAGUAACAUGGCAGCAGCAGGCUCUUCAUCCUCGUCGUUUUCGUCGUCAUCAUAUUCGACAUCAUCAACACAGCAGCAUACCGCACAACAACAAUCCGCAUCGAGUAACGGCGAUAGCAGUGGUAACAACAACCGAAACGGGGGCGGUCUACUAUUGUCCUUUGAAGAACUACAACAACGCGUACUACAAAAAGAAAACAAUGAUCGAUGGACUUCUAACAGUAAUCGCAAAAGAGGAGGUGGAGGCAAUCUGGGCCAAAUAAUCGACAGUGUCGAUGGUGAUUUCGCAGAUGAUUUCGGAUCCAUGUUCGAAGCCCGUCAAGGCCCGCCUGCUGCAAAUGUUUACGACGAAGAGGAAUACAUUGAACCGAGUCGAGCUGCUGGCGGAUCAGCCAAUAGCCAUAUACCCGGCAACAAUAAUAAUCAAAACCAACAGCAGCAACAACCCAAAUCAUCCAGAAUUGCGUCUGUACCCAUCAAGUCAUUAAAGGAACGGUUCAACUAUGCGUCUAUUGACUGUGCUGCAACAGUUCGAGGGGCCAACAAGGAAGCCAAAGGUGCUCAAUCGAUCGUGUACGAAUCCAAGGAUCAGUACAUGCUCAACAAGUGCUCGGCUGAUAAAUACGUCAUCAUCAAUCUCUGUGAGCCCGUAUUGAUCGAUACGAUUGUGAUGGCCAACUUUGAGUUCUUUUCCAGCACGUUCAGCGAAUUUCGUGUCUAUGUUGCUGACAGAUAUCCAACGAAGGACUGGAAACUGUUGGGCCAAUGGCAGGCUCGUAACACAAGAGAUUUACAGGUCUUUAAAGUGAACAAUCGUUUCGGUUGGUUUGAGAACAUCAAAAUUGAGUUUCUGAACCAUUAUGGCCACGAAUAUUAUUGUCCAUUAAGCUUGGUCCGCGUGCAUGGAAUGACCAUGAUGGAAUACUAUUAUCUUGUGGAACGACGGGCCGGCGAUGACGAAGAUUACGAGAUCGAAGACGAAAUUUUAUGGCCUAGCGAAGUGCGUAAUGAAAUCAUCCAUCCAAACAUCGAUACAGUCAAUGACACGAUGCCUAUCAUCCCUGAACAAGAAGAUGAUACUAGUGAUGACCAUGAACAAGCAGCAGUUAUUUUACCGGUCAACGACGAAGAUGAUGAUGAAAAUUACAUUGACAACAACAUCAACGACAAUAUUGAAGCUGCCACGAAUCCAGUAUUCUCAACGCCAAUCGCUGGUGCAUUACCAGACGACUUGGAAAAAGAGGGAGAGCAGCCAACAGUAGGCAUCGUUGAGAAACUAACGUUGGCAGAUAACGAAGCCAGUUCAAGUGAUAUCUCAUCCUCUUCUUCAACAUCUCUCGUCAUUCCAUCGGCUGUCACAACAGAUACUCCGUCCAUAUUGCCAACAGAUGCAGUUACGUCCGAAAGCCAGAACGAAAUGUCAUCAUCUUUAGCAUCACCGGCGUCUUUCUCAUCAAAUCACACAUCCGUGACUGUUGUGCCUAGCGAUCCUACGAUGACCCGAGAUAGUACUAUCUUGCCAACGGAUGAUAUAUUGUACAAAGAAUCAUCGGUCGAAGAACAAUCCACACCAGCUGCCUCUUUGAGCGUAAACGAAAACGAAGAAAACCUUAUGAAUCAUACUACUACAUCUACGACCAGCGCCAUUGCCAGCACGACCACUGGUAAUAGUGGUAGUAACAGUGGUACUACCAUGACAACCAACGUUGGCUCUUUGCUUAAUACGGCUAUCAACAACUCUGCUCAAGCAACCAGUCGCGUCAUGCCGAAACCAAGCAACAUGUACAAAGACAGCAGUUAUACCCAGGAAUCCAUUUACAAGACGAUCAUGAAACGACUCAAUGCACUUGAGCUGAAUGCCACUUUAUCACAACGCUAUCUUGAUGAGCAAAACAAGAUGCUCAACGAUGUGUUUAUGAGUAUGGAAAAGCGUCAUCAGGACCAAAUCGUAUUGCUUUUGGGUCGACUCAAUGAUACAGCGUCGACAAGAAUCGAUGGCAUGAAACGGCGGUAUGAGCAAGCAUACGACGAGCUACAGCAAAUGACAGAAAACAAUAUGAAGGAAAUGACAGCCAAAAUGGCUUUAUUGGCGGAUCAGAUUGCAUUUGAACGACGCGUUUCAAUGGCCCAGUUAGUGAUUGUCGUUAUGCUCUUUGUAUUUGUCGCGCUAUCUCGUGGCACAUUGAGCAUUCUGUCACCGAUUAUGGAAGCGCAAGCUCAGGAACGAAAACGAAGAGAAUCUGCUGAUGCCCAAGCUAUCCUUGAAACCGCACCAUCGCCGAGGAAAACACCGACUCCUCCUCCCGUAGUAGCCAUCACACCCGAAUCAUUACCUACCUCGCCACGCGAAGAUGAGCGGCCGCGAGCCAAUAGUCUGUUCCGUGAUACAAUUCCCAAGCCACGACGUCGAUGGAGCGACAACGGUGAUGGCAAUUCAACCCUGGAGGUCGAAGCCACGUUUGCCAAUGAUUCAUCCUUGCGUUUCCUACGCCGAAGAAAAUCAUCAAGUGAUGCUGCGAUUGUGCCUGAACUUUAAAACCCAUUGAAGGUUCACGAAAACAUACACACACACACACACACACGAAAAG